AUGGAGUAUCUUACUAGACUUCUUAUACAUGCUACUCAUAACAAGGAUUAUAGAUAUCAUCCUCUUUGUAAAUGGCUGAAACUUGUCAACUUAUCUUUUGCGGAUGACCUCAUUUUAUUUUGCAAUGGAUCUCUUCGGUCUAUUCAAAUCCUUCAUGAUGGAUUUACCAAGUUUAGUCAGGAUUCUGGACUUUUAGCCAACUUGUCUAAAUCUCAUAUAUAUUUUGGUGGAAUAACCUCUGAAGAAAAGAAGAUUAUUUUGGAUUGUGACAACAUAGAAGAGGGGUCCUUUCCCUUAAAAUAUUUGGGUGUUCCUCUUCGACCUACUAAAUGGAAGGUGGAAGAUUGCAUUAGGAUAUAUUGGAUGAGCAUUUUUCUUCUCUCCCAAAGUGUUAUCCAUGAAAUUGAUCGGCUGUGUAGGAACUUUUUACGGGGAGCAAAAGGAAAUCGUAGCAAACUCCAUUUAUCUUCUUGGGAUCAGUGGAUUGAUGAUCUUUAUCUAAAAGGUCAGAGUUUUUGGGAGUAUAACUUAAAAGCUGAUGUGAGUUGGUAUUGGAGGAAAUUAACUAAGUUGAAAGACUUUUUAUCUUUAGAUGACUUGGAGGCAUCAGUUUUAAAAGGCAAGCUGAAUGUGAGUAUUCUUUACAACCAGUUGCUUCAACAGGAUAAGAUUAGUUUUGCUAAGGUUGUUUGGUGUAGGUUUUUUGUUCUGAAGCACAUUUUUAUCUUAUGGCAAUUGGUUCAUGGUCAUCUGCUUACAUGGGAUAAUUUGAUGCUUUGCCAUGUUCAAAUGGCUUCUACCUUGUGCCCUGUUUGUGAGAGUGCAGUCGAGACUCAUGCUCAUCUGUUUUUUUAUUGUAUUUUCUCUCAAAAGGUCAUGCAGCGGAUCAGAAGUUGGUUAGGUUCAGCCAUUUGGCCUACCAAGUUCUCCGAUUGGCUUUUUUGGAAGGAUGGGAGACCUAAAGGGAUUUUGCAAAGGAUAGCUGCUACUACUCUUGCUGCUGCAGUUUAUUACAUAUGGCUCAAUCGUAGCUCUUGUAUUUUUUAUCAUUUUACUUUGUCUGUUCAAAAAAUUGAUUUCUUGAUUAAAUCGUGUUUGAAAGCUAGAAUGUUUAGCAUUGUGAGACAGAAAAUUCAGGUCCAAGAGAAGCUAAUGUUUGAGUUCAUUCAGAACUUGUAA